AUGGACGGCCGUCCAGCCAAACGACAACGUCGAUCCAUUCACUCCGAAAAUCCCAUCCCAAGGAUUCAACAGUCUCAAUCGCCCCCAAUUGAUCUUGUCUCAUCCUCUCCUUCGUCCUCCUCCUCCGCAAGUCUCGCGAUCACUUCGCGGUCCAAACCCAAAUCAACCACAAAUUCAAAGCCUUGCAAGCCGCGCACAAGCCAGGUCCAAUUGCCGUCGCAGUCCCUAUCACGAGUCCAUUCGUCGUCUGUCUCACCGCGAAAGUCGAAGCCGAAGCCGAAACCGAAAACACAAGGACAAGGACAAGGCCAGGCAAAACAGGACUCUGAUUCGCCGACAAAGUCCAAGUCACUGCAUACUUUCUUUCAGCCUGCGACGGAAGCGCAGCGAUGGUCGGCGCAGAAAUUCGAGCCCAGGCGGCCGUUGGCGGCUUCGGCUGAGAAUACGCUUGAUGCGGAUAUCAUUGAGGAUGAUUACGAUUCGUAUGAUGAGAUCUUUUCGCAGCAUUUCAGUGUUGGGUUUGGGGUUGGAACGGGAGCCAAGGCCGGGCUUGGGCCUGGGGCUGGAGCUGUAGAUGGGAGGCCAGCGAGGUCGACCUAUGGAGGUGGAACGGAGAGUCCUUCUUCAAUACAGAUUGAAUCGCCUGUUGCGCAUGGGGCUGGAGGUGGCAAGUCGAAGCGUGUGGUGCCGAAAAAGAAGAAGACGACAGCGACGACCACGACGGCGACAGCAGGGGCACCUUCAAAGUCAAUGUCAAAAACGCAUGCGUCCAAGCGUUUCUUGAUGCCAGUGGAGGAUGGUCUCGGGUCAGGCGUGGGUGGCGCGAGGCAGAGAUCUGUCUCUGUCCCGGCUUCUGUUUCCAAGUCUGGUGAUGGUUCGGUGCUGGGUGAGGUCGACACUCGUCCUUGGGCACAGCGAUUUGCUCCGUCUGGUCUGGAUGAGAUUGCUGUGCACAAGCGAAAGGUCUCGGAUGUGCAGAGAUGGUUGGAGGAUGUGUUUGCUGGAAGACGGAAAGAUACCUCAUUCCUACACUGGUGGGUUAACACGGCUAAUGCUCGGUUCUAUAAGAGGUUACUAGUCCUACGAGGCCCUGCUGGCAGCGGCAAAACGACAACCGUCACCUUACUUUCCGAAACUGUCGGCUUCGACUUGAUAGAAUGGCGAAAUCCAUCGGUUCCAGAAUAUGCGGCACAAGAAUUUGUCUCGGUGAGCACACACUUUGAGGAAUUCCUCGGUCGAGGGGAUCGGUUUGGGGGUCUGCAUCUGGAAGACCCAGUUGAGUCGAAAAAGAAUCAGGACGCGAAGCCCCGAAGUCAUCGUGUACUCUUGAUCGAAGAAUUCCCCACGGUUUUGAGUCGAAAUUCUUCAAGCCUCGCUGCUUUCCGUGCAUCUCUUCAGCGAUACCUGGCCGCGUCGACAGAACCAUCUUCCUUGAGUGGGUGGAUGCAUCCUCCAAUCGUGAUGAUUGUCUCCGAGACAAUGCUCAGUUCUGCAUCGUCUAUUUCCGAUAAUUUAACGGUUCAUCGUUUGUUAGGCCCGACUCUGUAUAACCACCAGGGGACCACCAUCAUCGAUUUCAAUAUCAUCGCGCCAACGUUCAUGCAGAAAGCACUACGACUUGUGCUGGAGAAAGAGGCUUCUACAUCCCAACGCUCUCGGAUUCCUGGUGCUGCAGUGCUUGAAAAAAUCGCGGAGAUUGGUGACAUCCGAAGCGCCCUCUCUGCUCUUGAAUUUCUCUGUCUGAAAGACGAUAAGACCGGAUCCUGGAGUGGAACCCUGACAAAGUCUAAAAAGGCACGCCGUGGAUCAGCUCUCACGCCAAUGGAACGAGAAUCUCUCGAAAUGAUUUCGCAACGAGAGGCUAGCCUGGGCAUGUUUCAUGCAGUAGGCAAAAUCGCUUACAACAAACGUCUGGACCCAAGCCUUCUCCCCGCCGGAACUGUUGUGCCACCUUCACCUCCUGACCAUCUCUCUCACCAUAGCCGAGUCAAAGUCUCCGAGGUUGCAGUGAAUGACCUCCUUGAUGAGACCGGCACUGAUGUAUCCACGUUCAUCUCCGCCCUCCAUGAAAAUUACCCCCCGUCUUGCCAUGGCCACGCCUUCACGGAUAGCUUCAAUGCCUGCAUUGAAGCCCUGUCGGAUGCCGAUAUUCUCAGCGCGGAUCGUAAACCGUCCCAUGGUUCCCGCACCGGUGUCGGAAUCGGAGCCACCAUGUUCAAUGCAGGCAUUGAUAUGCUCCGACAGGAUGAGAUCAGUUUCCAGGUAGCCUCGCGCGGCCUGCUUUUCGGCCUACCUUACCCGGUCAAUAGAAAGGUCACAUCGAUUAAUGGGCGUAAACCCUCCCGCAUCGCUCACCAGAUGCUCUACCCGGCUUCACUGCGCCUAUGGAGACGAUCAGAGGAGAUUGAAGGUCUGCUCGAUUCAUGUCUCAAGCAGAUGCUCGAUUCUGCCAGUGGCUCUCGCCAUCUGAGCCGCGGAAGCUCGGAUUCUGGCGGUGUCAAGUCCUGGAGAAAUCUUCGACUGGGGUUCGGUGGGUCGGGCUUGGAAAAAGACUCGGAGGGAGGUGGUAUACCUGCUCUUGUGACGAUGAUGCCACGCUUAGAUGCGCUGCUCUACCAGUUACCUUAUAUGGCACAGAUUCGUCGCAAAGAGCCGGAUGGAUGGUCUCUUGCGCAGAUCACCGGUAUUUCCAGCAAUGGCACCGAUCUCCAAGGCGGGAAUAUGGACGAGGCGGAGGACGAUCACGAGGUUGAACUGGCGCCUGGGUUGCCACGCUCAAUAGGCGCUGCAAAUGUUGUCGUCGCCAAGUCUGCGCCGAGUGCAGCGGAGGAAGAAAAGCUGAUCCUGAGCGACGAUGAUAUUGUGGAUGAUUGA